CUUUUUCGCAUUACAAUUGUCGUGUGUUUUUUUUUUUUUUUUCAUGGCAAUACUCUUUAGCGCAUUGCAUUGAGAUUAACAUCAUGUUUUUUUACACGGAAUUCACUUAUAAAUUUUCCAAUGAACACGUUGAAUUCUCCAAAAAGGCAAUGCCCUUUUCUACUCAAGGGGAGGCAUUGUACAAGCAGUUCUUGCCUACAACCCUUUCUUUUUGGUUAAGCCAAAGAAUUUAUUCAUCAAAAAUGAAAUUAUAAAAUUGUCCAUAAAAUAGUGAGAACCAAUCAAGUCAUCCUAACAAAUGACUAGGCAGCAUGCAUAUUUUUUUUCCAAGCAUGAUUAGGAGAAGUAUCCUAAAGAUUCGUGGAAAAAUUACCUCCGAGGUGCUUAUCCGAAAACACACAAUUAUCUAGCUCUUGCGUAUCUGCCCUCUAAACUCCGAGGAUAGUCGGAGUCUGUAUGAUCAGUGAAGUGAAUUGCCAUAUCCGUACACCAACACCAACACCACACCCUGCUAAUAUUUAUCAAUCAAAAUGCAGACAGCUUUGUUCAUUGCACCUCCUGUGCUCCCUUUGAAUCCCUGUAAGAACUUAUUCCAGCUGCAGACCUUUACACCCCCGAAGGCAGGUGCUUCUCUUGCUUCCCGUUCCUCUGCAAUCAAAGCAACUACUGCAAUCGCUGACACCACCACUAUUGAUUGCAGUUCUGUGAUCUCUGUGUUUCCAGUAGAGGCUUGUGAGAUAAUUGGUGGAGAUGCCUGUUUGGCUGAUAUGUUUCCAGAAGUACGGCUACUGGUUGAGAAGGCAAGAAAUGAAGCAGCUCAAAUUACUUCAGAUGACAUUGAGAGAGAGUAUCUUGUGUACAACGAUGCAAAGACGGUUUUCUGCGCUGAGGCGUGUGAUGAUCUCGGGGGAGAAUUCUGCGGGGCUGAAUAUCAGAGGGGAGUCUUUUAG